CAUAAACCUAUUAAUAAGAAUUUUGAGAUGUUAGGGUUUUUGGUAAGUGAACACUAUCCUAUCCUUAAAGUGAAACACGGUCGGUCCGAAAGUGAAGGUGAUGGGGAAAGUAAUCGCAAUUGCAAGCGGAGAAGCUCACACUGUGGCACUGACAGGUGAUGGUAAUGUAUAUUCAUGGGGUAGAGGAACCUUCGGGCGUCUAGGCAAUGGUUCCGAGGUCGAUGAGCAUACUCCUGUCAAAGUCGACUUCACUUCCGCUCUCAAAAUUGUUGGAAUCUCUGCUGGCGCUUAUCACACUCUAGCUCUUGCUGAUGAUGCUUCAGUUUGGAGCUGGGGCUACAAUUGUUAUGGUCAGCUUGGAGUUGAUGGAGACAACUCUUUUGUUCCUUGUUUGGUGAAGAUGCCUGAGAUUCAAAAGCCACUUAAGAUUUCUUCAGUCAAAGCUGGAGGUAUGACGUCACUAGCAAUCGAUGAUCUUGGGCGUCUCUGGAUGUGGGGCACUUUACAAGGAAUCUCAACUACUAUUCCAAUAUCCAUUCAUUUCGAUGGGCAUACUGUGGUUAAGGUGGCAUGUGGAAGUGGGCACAUUGUAGCGUUAGUCAAUAAUGGUGAUGUUCUUGCAUGCUAUAGUUGGGGUAACAACGAUCACGGGCAGCUAGGCCUUGGCGAUACAGAAAUUAGGCCAAACCCUCAAAUAGUUGAUAAAUUCAACACGUUGGAAGCUUAUGAAGUAGCAUGUGGAGCCUCCCAUACUUGUGUGCUUGCUUAUACAACAAAGUCAAAGAGUCAAAGUGUAUGUUGGAGUUUUGGUCGUGGUAGUAACGGGCAGCUCGGUCUCGGGACAACCAAAGAUUCACCCUGCCCGGAAAUGGUCACUGAGCUGCCCGGAAAUGUGUUCUUAGUUUCUGUGGACUGUGGUUUGUUCCACACAUGUGUCGUUUCGUCAUCUGGGAACGUUUGGUCAUGGGGAAUGCAAAAUGGGCUUGGGCUAUGUCCUGAAGCUACAUUUAAAGAAGGUGACGGUGGAGAUGCGCUUUCCCCUCGUCUCAUCAAUGGCCCAAAUUUCCCGCAACCUCUGCAAGUAGCUUGUGGUGCUGCCCAUACUGUCGUUCUUGCAGAUGGUGGAUACAAGCUCUGGUCUUGGGGAAGAGGAAGAAGUGGGGUCCUAGGAAAUGGUCAAGAUGUUGACUUUUUCGGCCCAAAGCCUGUGUUGUGGCCCCCACCCAGUGAAGAAGCUGCUCCAGAAACUGUUGGUAAUAUCAUGGAAAAGGAUCCUGGAGAAAUUACAGAUAUGGAGAAGAAGUUAUCUGCUGCAAUGGAAGAGAUGAAUAUUCUCAGGUCAAAGCUUUCUGUAAUGGAGCAGUAUGCCGGCAUUCUUCAUGGUUCCAUUUUCGGAAGGCCUUUUGAUGGAGAUAGAGAUAUACCGCUCUCGUUACGGGACUCGAGGGGCACAUUUGAUAUUACAAAAGAGUGGGAGAAUAUGUUGGAAGCGUGUGAUCGCGGUAAGCUCAUACGUUUGCAGAUGUUUUAUCGAAACAUGCUUGCAGGUGUUGAAGAUAAGAUGAUGAAGCAAAGGAUUAAGGAGAUGCUCAAAGAGUUUCUUGGAUCAUCAGCAGGUACUAGUAGCUAGCUAGAACAUAUAGUUGCCCUUUUGUAACUAAAAACUAGAUAAAAGUUUAUUUUUGAAGUUUUAUGUUUUGAAUGCCAACACUUAUAUUUGGAUUGCAAAUUCUGAUUAUAAAUAUGAAACUAGGAUGGA